GGCCACGUCAGCAGUCUUGGUCCUCUUUCUUUCUCUCUUCUCCACUCUUUCCACCAAAAGCGGCGACGAGCGGCGGCGGCGGCGGCGGGGAAGUGGAGAAGAAGAGCGAGCGCCUCCACUCCUGCAGGUUCGGCGCAUUCGCGUUCUUUCUCGAGGCAGGUAGCCAUGGGCAUGGAGGACGUGGCGCGCGCCGCCGGCGGCGGUAAGAAGCUGGCGCUCGCCAGCGUCGGCUUCGCGGACGUCCGUGUGGGCGGCGUUGCCGGCGGCGGGUACAAGGAGGACCUCUUCGUGGUGGGCGACGACCUCGAUGUCGCCAGCGUCGUCGGGAACGUGGCCGUCAGGCUGCCGGACGUCGGCGCCGCCGCCAGGGUAAGGGGGCGCAGAUCUCGGAGGAAUUUCUUGAGGAACAGAGAAGUUGGAGAGUUUGUGAGUGGGGCAUUAGCUGGUGCUAUGACUAAAGCUGUUCUCGCUCCUCUAGAAACUAUCAGGACAAGAAUGGUUGUUGGGGUAGGAUCAAAACAGAUUUUUGGUAGUUUUGUGGAGAUCGUCGAACAAAAUGGCUGGCAAGGACUCUGGGCAGGCAAUACAAUAAAUAUGCUCCGGAUUAUACCAACUCAAGCAAUUGAGCUUGGCACAUUUGAGUGUGUCAAAAGGAGCAUGACGUCAGCACAAGAGAAAUGGAAGGAGGAUGGGUGCCCAAGGAUACAAAUUGGCAGUUUAAAAAUUGAGCUUCCACUUCACUUACUAUCUCCAAUCGCCAUUGGUGGUGCAGCUGCUGGAAUAGCUAGCACCUUAGUGUGCCAUCCUCUUGAGGUUCUUAAGGACCGCUUGACUGUCAACCGCGAAGCUUAUCCAAGUAUAGGUCUUGCCUUCAGCAAGAUAUACCGAGCUGAUGGCAUCGGUGGUCUCUAUGCUGGCCUCUGCCCAACAUUAGUUGGCAUGCUUCCUUAUAGCACUUGCUACUAUUUCAUGUAUGAGACGAUGAAGACUUCUUAUUGUCGUGCACAUAAAAAGAAGUCCUUGAGCCGUCCCGAGUUACUCAUUAUUGGAGCUCUUUCAGGUCUAACUGCAAGUACAAUCAGCUUCCCUCUGGAAGUGGCGAGGAAGCGGCUUAUGGUUGGAACCCUGCAAGGGAAACGCCCGGCCCACAUGAUCGCGGCCUUAGCUGAGGUGUUCCAAGAGGAGGGCCUCAAAGGGCUUUACCGUGGAUGGGCUGCGAGCUCCCUGAAGGUUAUGCCGAACUCCGGCAUUACCUGGAUCUUCUAUGAGGCAUGGAAGGACAUUCUUUUGGCUCCACAGCUCCGCACCUAGCACUUGCAGUCUAGCAUGCCUGGGAUUGUUCAACAAGGCAGGCAUUGCUACAGAAUAAAUUUCUUGUGCUGUGAUGCAGUGUGGGAUUUCCCUCCUUUUUUUCUUCUUUCAAAUCCCACACAUGCCAAUCAUCUAGCUAAGAGGCCAUUCUGUGCCAAUGAUUAGAAGCAUUAGUUAAUCGGCUUUAUCCAACCUGGGAUUGUUUUAAGUCGGUCAUUGUUGACAAGGGGACUUACCAUGUGGCUGGAGUUAUGAAUUUCCCCAAAAAUGCUGCGAAAUUCCUUCAGUAAUGAAAAAGGUGUCAAUU